AUGCUGCAGGAGCAAGGAAAAGGAAGAGUUAGCAUCUGCAGUACAUGGAAUCGAACCAACAGACUCCUGAAAAUUUUGGUGCAAAAAAAUACAAUUCACAUCAAUGUGAACAGCUUGCAGUUGUUUGAAGAAACAACAAAUACAUGGCAUAAAAAGGCGAUAGAAGGCAUAAAAAGAGAAGAAGCCUCGCAUUUAAGAUGCUUUUAUGAUGCUGCAUGCACCAGGAACUGUCGCGAGACAAUGUGUCCCCGCCUCUAUCGGAGUCCUCAUCGCCAUGCAUCGCUCCCCAGCAGACAUUCGCUUGCCAACUUUCAAUGA